CUUCAGAUGUCCUUGCUGAUCCCGCCACGUCAUCCUCGUCUGAUUUCGGCUCGUCCCGUAGUUAAAUUCCAGCGCCCCUGCUUCGACCCGACACGUCCUCCCCAUCGCAGGUCACAAACCAAAACCACCCAAACCAUGUCCAAGAGAGCUCUCCGCCUGGCCGCGCUGCUGCUCGCCGCCGUCGCGGUCGCCGCCACACCGGCCGCGGUGGCGGCACGCGUGGGGCCGCCGCUCGCCGGCGGGUGGAGCCCGAUCAAGGACGUGAGCGACCCGCACAUCCAGGAGCUCGGCGGCUGGGCGGUGGCGGAGCACGCCAGGCUGGCUAACGACGGGCUGCGGUUCGGCGAGGUGACGGGCGGCGAGCAGCAGGUGGUGGCCGGGAUGAACUACAAGCUCGUCCUCGACGCGACGGACGCCGACGGGGCGGUCGCGGCGUACGGGGCGUUCGUGUACGAGCAGGCGUGGACCAACACCCGCGAGCUCAUGUCCUUCGCGCCGGCGAGCCGCUGACCAGGAACGUGAAUGGCGGCGGCCGGUUUCUUGGAGUCACCUGUUAACGAUUGGGUUGCCGUAACUAUGUGAUGCAAUUACGGGGACAUCCAAGCUUGCAGAUAUGCUCUUUUAUGUAGCCAUGUCGUGAGUCGAGACUUCAAUAAGCCACCUUGGCAUCUUUGCUACAUCGAUCUUUAUAUGCUGUAUCCUAGUUUGUGCUGCAAAAUAUAUAGUCUAGCGCCUCUUCACUCUUCA